GUCCAGACGGCACUCCAUACUUUUUUUCUGAUUGCGAUAACGGCUAAUCAAAUGUCAUAUUUGGAAUGUUCUGAUAGCAACCGGAUAGUAGGAGUUAGUUGUCAGAAAUGGAUUUGCUGCGAACAGUUCUGCUGUGUUUUGGAUUUAUUACAUUUGCAGCCGCACAAAAUGAUGCCAAUGAAACCGAGGGGCUCCGAUGUUACGCAUGCGCAUCAACAGGUGGGAACAACAAAUGCGAAGAUUUUAAUACGUAUAAAAUAGCAAUGGACGGUAAAGGCAACGAAAAAGUGAAGAAAACGUGCACACCUCCAUACAAUAAAACAUGCAUAAUGGAAACUUACGAAAUACUUGGGAACACCGUGUCACAUAUCAGAGGUUGCAGUGACAAUGAACACUUUUCUUUCUCUUCAAGUCUUCAAUCAAACAGAAGCGCAUACAAGCGUUUGGAGGAUCUCCAACCGAACAACGAGACCGCGUGCGUCUGGGACGGUCAACAUCUCGUCUGCUUAACCAAAUGUAAUACAAACUUUUGUAACGGCCCUCAUCUUAAGGAAGUUAUAAAUGGGGCCACUGUGAUCAAACUGUCUUCAAUUUUAAUGUUUGUUAUAGUUCUAGCAAAUAAAAUGAUAGAACGGCAGUGAUAGAAGAAGAAAAAAAGAACCAUGAUCAAAACGCUAUACAACAAGUUAAUUUAAUUCUAUUUAUUCUUAAAAUAAACCAUGUUAGACAUUAUUUAUGCAUAUAAAGAAAUGUGAUAAAUCUAUAAUUCUAAAAAAGUUAGGGAUCAUUCGGAAAAGCAAAGAAAACAAUAUAAGCAAUGACAACAAAUUAAAAAAAAAGAUAUAACCGAUGUGCAAGGUACAUUUAUAUUGAAACAGAAUUGCUAAAGUGUUAAGAAUUCAUUUACAAAAUACAUGCAAGAUGUCACUAAACGGUGCAUAAAAUCAUUUACGUUUGCUGUUAAUAAUACACCGCUCUUAACAUGUUUUGCGAUUAAUCAUAAUAAAUUUUUAAAGAUAGUGUGUCGGAAUAUAUAAAGAUAUUAUUUUAUAAUCACGUGUUACAUGUCCUACAUUUUCAGUUGUAUAUUUGGAUAAAGAUUAAAUCACUGUAAAAAUACAUGUAAUAUAAUUGUUUCCCCUUUGUAUAUAACAACUUAAUACAAAGAAAUGGUCGAUUAUUGGUCUGUUAUUCAAAAUUGAAAACGUUUUCUGUUAACUUAAGUCAUUACAUUGUAUUGUUUUUGUUUGUUAUUUCGCAUGCAUAAUGCAACGAAAAUAGAUUUUCAAUACAAUCUUCACCCGCUAUGAAAUUCUUUCAAAAUGAAUCAUUUGUUUUAAACUAAUCUUUACAGUUCUAUAUAUACAUGUAUCACUAUUUUUGUACCUGAUUCUUGUGACAUUUUUGUAUUUAAUGUAUUUAAUAGUAUGUUUGUUAUUAAAUGAAAUACUUUUA